GGGUAUGAAAUCAUCGCUCUAACCCUGUGGCCUCGCGUAACCCCGUUCUACCUGGAUUAUCGAUCCCCACCAUUGGCCCACGUUUUCUCUCCCCGAGAGUCGCUCUUUUAUUUAUCAAUUUUUACCUCGAUUCUGUUAAUCCCCCAGAAACUCCGGGAACUCGUCACACCCCACGUCCCGAGAAUCUCCGAAUUAAUAAUUACGAAGGUUAACUGGAAUAGAGAAUAACAAUCGGAUGACACGCGGAAAUAUUUUAAGAGAUUGACAAAGAAUUUGUCAUUUUCUUGCCGACGAAUCCGCUGGUCCCUUGUCAUUUGAAUAAUGGCAUUAAUUCUCAAAUUAUUUUAAAGUUAAUGAGAACGAGGAAUGUGAUUAGAAUGAAAUACGGAAAGAUUCGGCGAGUUAACGAGGAAUCCCCGGUUAAUUUGUUAAUUCGGACGAAUUAAUUCUGAACUGCAAUUUAAAUUUUUCAUUGACAGACGCGGAAAGAAAAUCAGGAAAAAUUACUGGGAGUCCAUUUCCCUUCUGGGAAUUUUUUUCUGGUGCAGAAUUGUUCGAAAAUUUGCACGAUAAAUUUCGCACUCGUCCAGUUCCUUCUUUAGUCUAUUUUAGAGUCAGAGAAAAAAUAAAAAUGAACAAUAACAAUUGAAUGAUACAUGGGAAUGUUUAAACGAUUAUACGAAGAAUUCCCGGUUGAUUUUUAUAUCCUGAUGACUCAAUCCUGAAUUAUAAUAAAAUAACCAUCACUAAUGAACAGGAUGCUGUCAUCAUCAAAGCCCACCACAAUCAGAAAGAAAUUCAAAUGGAGUGUCUUCUAUUAUAAAGACAUUACGAGCGCAAAAAAUCGAAAGUUUGGAUCGAGAUGAUGAUUCAGACAUUUGAAAGAAGUAAUCAUCGAUUUGAUUGGGCUGGGGGAGUCAUUUGAGCCGCGGGGAGUAUCUGGGUCAGUAGUUGCUGUCAAGGUCCUUGCAGGCUCGUGUGGGCUCAUGGGGCCAUCCCCUGACGACCACCACCACCUUUUUUCCUGAAUUCCGGUGACUGUUCAUUACCAAAUCCAAAAAACCCGAGCGUCGGGCUCACAGUUGGGGUUUUUCAUCAUUAUCCGAUGUUAAUAGACCUCGCAGUUAUUGACGCAAUCCGAUGAUUGAUGACUCCCACAAUGCAAGUUGUUAUUUCAUCCAAAAGUCAAUGAGCCAUUGACAUUUAAGGAAAUUCAAACACUUGAAAAAUUUCUCUUGUUGUUUGUACGUCAUUUAAUGAUUGAUGCAACGCUGUAAUUAAUGAUUUUCCAAACAUUCGAGUGUUUAUUUGAAAAGUUAAAUGAGUUGUCAAUAUCGAAGGAAAUUGCAGUAUUUUUUCGGUAAAUUUAAUUAAGGAAUUUAGCAGUAAAAAUUUGGUUAAAUGUAUACAAUAAAUUCAGAGUAUCGAAGGGUGGAAUUCCAACCCCUUGGACCUUCAUUUUUCAUUGAUAUAAAUUUAGUUUUACCGAGAAUAAAAAAAUUAAUACCUAAAAACCUUGAAAUCCCUCGAAAAAAUCCAGUGCCUAUUCCGCCCCAUCCCCCCUCCCCCCCUGAAUUCCCGAGAAUCCAACAACCUCAGAGGUAAUUAUCAGUCGCAGAGCAGUUUGAGCCCCGCAGAAGGGUAGAAACUGCUGCAGUGGACCGAAUCGUCGAGUUCCACUGCCGAGAAAGGAAUAGAAAAGACGAAGUAACUCGCCAGGGAAAGACCGGAGAGAGAGUGAAAGAGAUUAUUUCGAAGCGCAACUAAAAAAACCCAUCGGGGGAAAUAAAGAGGGAGAGAGGGCAAAAGCGGAGGCUCUCUGUGUUGCCUCUACCUCAUGCCUCCGCACUCUUGGUGCUCGGUGGCGGGAGCAACGACGUAUUAUAUAGACGGUUGGCCAUACAUGCCCGCCAACAGUCGACACGCGGCAGUCGCGUUGAAGAGAUUGACAGAAACAUAGAUUUCCCGAGCAACAAUUAUUCUCUGACAACCAAACAAAAGCUCGAGAUUUUUCCCAGUAAGAUUUUCAUUUUAUUAUUGAUUUAAAAUUCAUUAUCCCUGUGGAGGGUGUUUCUCCCUGUGAUGCUGCACUUCCGCGUGCUCAAAGGGACCACUUGUCAACGUGUGCGCGCGCAUUGCCCGGCUUUUUUUAUUUAAAUCAAGUGAAUUUUUCGGAUUUAUUGGCCGCCGAAGAUAUUCAUCAGUGAAUUCUCCGAGAGUUUAACGAGUGUCCAGAGGGAAAAAAAAAACGUAUAAACCGACACGUACACCAUGAAGAUAGCUGUGUCGCGGACGACUGAUCACACGAGCUACUGUAACAAAUUCUUCUGCCUCGUGAGGCCGUUUCUCCCUGGUCGCAGUGAAAAUUGUUUAAUUUUUUACAAAACGAGUUUCCACGUCUGAAGAUAAUCGAGUGAUUUGGCAGAAGUGAUUGGCAAAAAUUAUUGGAAUUUUAAUUGACGAAAAACGGCGGGGAUUUACCACCCCGUACGCACACCCCAUGACGAGGGAUGUUUUUUACUGGUGUGAGAGCGUGUAAUUGUCACUCGGUGAAUUGAUUGUACUGGAGAAUUGGAGGUUUAUGUGUGCUCUGUUCUCUUGGCUAUGGGCGAGGAUUCAAUAAUAUUACCAAUUGAUCGCGUUAUCAGUGAAGACGUCGACGGGGGACGAUACAAAGUGGACAAACGUGCGGGUAAAUUUAUUAAAAUUUUUAAACGCAAAGUUUCGUGCUCCUAUUUUGGUGGCAAAAGGCGACUGUUUUUUCGCUGUUUUGACGGCUGCGCUGGAAAAUUUGUGAUCUUUGUGGGGUGUGCUUUGUUACUCGGUGGCUGUUGUCUCGCUCUUGGGGGGAGGGAUUUAGGGACAUUCAGGAUGCAGGGGGAUUAUCGGGAUUUUGUGGGAAGGGGGAAACUCGGGGAGGAUGAGAUGGAGACCAUACGGAGGAGCAUCGUGGAGGGUCUCGGAAUACAGAGGAUACCCGAUCCUUCCAAGGCGAACGUGAGUCAGACGGAGUAUGAAAGAGCCCACGUCGAAUACCUGAGGAGACUGCAAAUGUCGAGAGCACCUGGUGACAGAAGACGGAGGAGACUUCACACGUUUCAUGCCACAGAUGAACUGGCUCAGCUGUCCCGAAGCAAACGUGAUCUAUCCUCCCCGGAUUCGGCCACCUACAGCCUGUACUUCCCCCUGGACAUCCCCCCCGACGACGAGGAAGUGGAUCACGCAACCCUAAGACUGAUUCUCGAGCCCAGGGGUGCAGUGGCAAGCGUGAAAGUAUCGAUCUACCGUAUUGCCGAGACAUCGAGAGCCCUAGUAUCGAGUGAAAGAUUUUCGCACCUGGACGGGCCCCGAUGGAUCGACCUAGACGUGACAGAUUUGGUUGCCCUCUGGCACGACGGUCUCAUCAACAAUCUGGGUCUCGAGUUACGUCUCGAGGGCACUCCCACCCCCACAAUCUCCCCAGUCACCCCCAUCCUCAACGUAUUCACCAGCGUCGAUGAGCCUCGACGAAGGCGAUCAGCUCCCGAUCACCUCAUGUCACUGCACAAGGGCCGCAGGACCGAGUGUCGCGGUGAGAACAAAAAGUGCUGCAGGCACGAGAUGACAGUAAUAUUCAAGGAUCUCAAGGGCUUUGAUUUCAUCGUACAACCAAAGACAUUUGACGCUGGCUAUUGCAAGGGCCGAUGUCCACCCCGAUACAAUCCCGCCCAUCAUCACGCACUACUCCAGAGUCUCAUAUGGAAGGAGGACAGGAGAAAAGCCCCCAGGCCCUGCUGUGCACCGAGUAAACUCGCUGAGCUUGAGAUACUCUACUUCGACGAGAAUGAUCCGACUAAACUUAAGGUCUCCAGCUGGAAGAACAUGAGGGUGCUGGAGUGCGCGUGCUCGUAAGAAGCAGCCACUUGGGUUCAAUUCACCAAAGAGUUUAGACAUCAAUUUUUUUUUUUUUAAACUCCUCCCCAAGUCUCUGGAAUACUUUUGUCUUCUUAAUCUCAUACGUGUAACCCUUGACUUUUUUUUCUGCCUCUUGUGACUGUGAUAUUAAACGUACGGGAACCAGCAACGGUCGACGCUUCUGCGACGCCAAUUAGGGGUCUUUUUAAUUUUUCUAUUCUUCCAGGGGUUUAUUGAGUAGUUUUGGAAUUGAGACGAGGGAGGGGGGAGAGAGAGAGGACGGUUCGUUAGGUCUGCGCUACUGCACUUGAUCACGGAAUGAUUAUUCGUUAAAUUAUUAAUAGCUCGAGGAGAUGUUCAGCUUUUCUGAGGGUUGUGCAAUUAUUCCAGGGAUUGUGCUAAUUUUUUUUUUUAUUGUUCACCAGCACGCGACAUUGCCCGAUGGACUGUUAUGGUCUUGGUAGAACCAGUUGUCACUGUUUAUCCACACAGCGUGUACAUAUUUAUUAAUUUAUUUUAAUGUUUAGGGUUAGUUAGCGAUUUUUGAGAUGUGUCUAUGUGCAAGUAUGGUUUUUUUUAUCGAAUAUCUCCGGUCGUGUUUAUAUGUUUUUACGUGCGUAUGUGUAAGUGUAUGCUUAGGUAUGUAGUGAAUCUCAUGGGAGAGGAGGAUUCGGAGUAGUUGGUCCUUUUUAAUGGGAGGAUACUGCUUCGUUGUAUUUGAAUUUUUGUGCCUCUGAGAAUUUUCAUUUCGAUGGAAUUUGAUUAGGAAAUUAUCAUUUCGUUGAUAUUAAUAAAAUGAUGAGAUUUGAAAAAUA